AAUGUAUAUCGGGUGGGCGUGUGACGACCCGACCCGACCCCAUCCUGCUUAUCCCACAACCAUUGUUCCGACUAUUGAAAAAACCCCGAAUUGAUGGGAUAAAUAAUUGAUUGACCCUUAAAUUCUCCGUAUUCAGAUACGGGGGCGUGGCCAGGAAAAAAGACACAGCUGUUUCGAUUGUAAAUCCAUCUAUUUAUCCAAAAAAAAAACAAGUACCAUUUCCAAAAAGAAGAGACGAAAAGUCUGCAAAGAACAAGGAAAACCAGUUUUGAGCCAAGUGUAUCAAAGUUAACACAUGAAUACAAGUGUAAACCAUCGAAAAAAGUUAUUAAUAUUAAGAUUAAACAAUAGUUAAAUGUAAAUAAGGAAAGUAAUUGAGUGCCAUCUUUGAACCAAUUUUGUGUAAGUUCCUUAGAUUUUAAUUCAUGUUUGAGCGAGGUAACAAGUCAAAGUUCACCUCACAAUUCACGUUAAGAUAAUAUCUAAGAUUAAAGAUCCACCAUUGAGGAUAAGUUCAUUGAGAGCAGGAAAUGAGCGGCGAUGUUGAGGGGAUUGUGGUGCAACUUUUGGCCAGCUUGGUGCUGCACGGUGAUGCCACGUUCAUGGUACCCCGAAUGGGUCCGGUAUCGAGAGAUUCUGGGAACGCAAACGGAUAUCGCCGAGUGUCGUAUAACAAUCGACGGAGCCGCCAUCGCUUCUGUCUGGUGGUGUACAUGCUGGCCAAGAUUCACCGGCUGCAGGUGAACGGCGGCAGCUACACCGUUCGGGGGCUCUACUACAGCGAUCCCCAGCUGAUACGAACUCAGCGGCACAUUGCCGCAGCCAGACUGGACGUCUGUCAUAUGCUGAACACGUCGCCUAUUCGCUUGGGAGUGCUCUCCGCCUCCAAGGGUCUAAUGACAGGCGACAUACGGAUGCUCAUGACCAACGGAGAUGUCUUGGACUGCAACGUAUAUAGCGGUGCUAUCAUAUUGCCCACGGACACCGAGAAGGUGGAACGCAUUGUCACCCAGGCGGACUUUGUGCUGGUCGUCGAAAAGGAGUCUGUCUUCGAGAGCCUGCUGGCACGCGAUCUGUUCGGCACCUUCGGUCGCCGCUGCAUCCUGGUGACCGGCAAGGGCUACCCGGACUGCAGCACGCGGCGCAUCCUGCACCGGCUAUCCACAGAGUGCCACUUGCCGGCCUACAUACUCGUCGACGCCGAUCCGUUCGGCAUUGAGAUAAUGCUCGUCUAUCGCCUCGGGUCGCAGUCCAUGAGCUUCACAUCGGGAGACCUCGCCACGCCUACGCUACGGUGGAUUGGCCUCCACCCCUCCGAGAUACCGGCCCUCUCCAGCGGUGCGGUUGCCCUUAGCAGUGGGGAUAACAAGAAAAUCGAUGACAUACUCGCCCGCGACUACAUUGGCCCUGGAGUACGACAGGAGCUGCGUUCGCUACAGCAGAUUCAGCAGAAGGCCGAAAUCGAGAGUGUCAUUGACUUCCUGUCCACCGACUACAUUCCGAACAAAAUAAAUCGGAAUUUAUUUCUAUAGACUCCUCGAGAGACC